GAAGCACAAGCUGGUCAAGAAGCACAAGCUGGUCAAAGCCACCGCACAACUACAGGAGAAGAUCUGCUCUCAUCAUGACAAACUGCUGGAGGUUUACUGUCGUACCGAUCAGCAGUGUAUCUGUCUGCUGUGUACAAUGGAUGAACAUAAAGGCCAUGAUACAGUGUCAGCUGCAGCAGAGAGGACUGAGAAACAGAGGCAGCUGGGGAUGAGUCAGCAGAAGGUCCAGCAGAGAUUCCAGGAGAGAGAGAAGGAGCUGAAGGAGCUCCAACAGGCUGUGGAGUCUUUCAAGCACUAUGCACAGGCAGCAGUGGAGGACAGUGAGAGGAUUUUUACUGAGCUGAUCCGCUCCAUUGAGAGAAGGCGCUCUGAGGUGAAGGAGCUGAUCAGAGCCCAUGAGAAGGCUCAAGUGAGUCAAGCUGAAGGACUCCUGGAGCAACUGAAGCAGGAGAUAGCUGAGCUGAGGAAGAGAAGCACUGAGCUGGAGCAGCUCUCACACACAGAGGAUCACAUCCAUUUCCUCCAGAGUUAUCAGUCUCUCUCCAGUAUCAGUGUAUCUUCAGACUUACCCAGCAUCGUUGUCCGUCCUCUUCAGUACUUUGGAGAUGUGAGUAAGACUGUGUCUGAACUAAGAGAGAAAAUAGAAGACUUCCUUAAAGGAGAAUGGACCAAGAUCUCCACUACAGUGAAUAUAGUGGAUGUUGUACUGCCUCCAGAGCCCAAGACCAGAGAACAGUUGUUACAAUAUUCCUGUCAGCUCACACUGGACCCAAACACAGCAAACACACACCUCUCUCUGUCUGAAGGGAACAGAAAGGUGACACGUUCACGCCAAGCCCAACCAUAUCCUCGCCAUCCAGACAGAUUCACAAAUGACUUGAUGAUUCUAUGUAGAGAGGGUCUGUCUGGAUGCUGUUACUGGGAGGUGGAGUGGAGUGGGCUUUGUGUUAUUACAGCAGUCUCAUAUGAAGACAUCAGCAGAACACAGAGAGGUAAUAUAUUUGGACACAGUAACAAGUCCUGGAGUUUAAAGUGCUUUAGUGGUGGUUAUUCUUUCAGACACAACAAUGUUGAGACUAAAGUAUCAGGCCCUCAAUCCUCCAGAGUAGGAGUGUACCUGGAUCACAAGGCAGGUACUCUGUCCUUCUACAGUGUCUCUGACACAAUGACCCUCCUCCAUAGAGUCCAGACCACAUUCACUCAGCCCCUCUAUCCUGGGUUUUGUCUCUCUGGUACUGCUGAGCUGGUUAAACUGUAGUAGGGUCCACAUAGAUACUAGUCAUGCUGGUGUAGUCUAUAGCUGAGCUGGUUAAACUGUAGUAGGGUC